AUGGAGAAGACUAAGACAGAUAUUGAAAUGGUCGAGGACCGCGGCGAUGAACCGAAACCCAACGCCACUGCCGGCAAGCUGAUGCGCUCACAGGUCGAUGAUUUUGGCAUCUGGAAAACCGUGCGCCUCUUCCAGCGCGUCGGUUGCAUCGCCAUGGCCGCUGCCUUCUGUGCUUCCCCGGACGGCUACCAAAUCAACCUCAAUGCCGACAUCGUGUCUAGCAAAGGCCUCAUUCGCCAGAUGGCCAAGCCUGGCACGACCAUCAUCGACGGAAGAUACGUCUCGACCUGGGGCAGAUCCGUCUUCACCGAGACCUUUUCCACCUGUUGGGACCACUGGCUCGUAGCUAAGCUGCUCUCGGGCCUGGGCGUCGGAAUGCUGCUGUCUACCAUACCGCUGUACCUGUCGGAGAUCACCCCGACGAACCUGCGUGGCUUCUACAUUAACGCAUACACUUUAGUCAACGCUGUUGACCUCCAUAAUUUUAAGACGCCCAUCUACACACAGGGCAGGAUGGACCAGGCAGCCAAAACGCUGAGGUUCUGCCAUGGUGACGUCCCGGGCUUUGAUAUUGACGAACAGCUGGAAGUGAUGAGCGCCACCGUAGCCAGCGAGCGAGAGGCGGCCGAGGCCAACAAGGAGCUGGGCGAAUGGGCCGUGUUCCAGGGCCGCAAUCGGAUCCGUUUCGUCAUCGCCGGCUGGCCCAAAGUGGCGCAACAGCACUCAAUCUCCUUUGCUCUGUUCAGAUCUUCUUCGCCUGCCUCGCUACCUUCUCUACCACCGGUGCAUCGGCUAUUGGCUAUUGGCUAUGCCUAUGCAGCCGAGAUCCCCCAACAGCGACUGCGCGCCCGGACGACUGCCUGGUCGCUCGCGGCGUCCAGCAUGGUGGCCACCAUGUCCAGUUUCUGCUCGCCGCUGAUGAUUCAUGGCACCGCCAUUUGGGGCGUCAAGACAGGGUUCUUCUUUGCCGGCUCCGGUUCUGUGGCUACGUUGAUUGCCUGGUUCAUUCUGCCCGAGGUGUCGCAGCGCACACCGGCCGAGAUUGACGAGCUGUGCGCCAAGUCCUCCUACACGUCUCAAUGCCGCACUCCGUAUCUCGGAUUUAGCUUCAAGCUAUUCCGUAUCGUCUCUCGAUAUCAUCCACCACCGCCCAUCGCAUCGCUGCUCGACGACUUGCCCGCCAUGGCUUCCGCGAACGACACCCUUGCUUCCAUGCGCAUACGCGCCUCUACCUCGCUCGAUAUUCAUAUAUCGCUCAGCCAGGAGCUCGGCAGUGCCAGCCGUAGCGGCAACAGCAGCAGCAGCAGAAACCAGCGUGCGACUGCUGCCAUGGGCACCAUGACCGUCACGCCUAACAAGAGCCUUAAGGGCCAUGUGCUUCUCAUCACAGCCCCCUGGGAGCCUUCAAAGGCGUGGAUCGACCAGGUGCACGGCCGCCACCCGGGUCUUCGCGUGAUCUUCCGCAAGCUGAGCUUUGGCGAGACGCUUGAGCGGCAGUCAUUGCCAGACGAGGACUGGACAGCCGUGACGAUCCUGCUGACCGGCGGGUUCGGACUGCCACUUCCCGAGCAGAUGCCGAAGCUGCAGUAUGUGCAGCUGAUCAGCGCAGGCGCCAACAUGGUCCUCAAGCAGCCACUGUUCGCCGAUACCGACAUAGUAUUCGCCACCGCCAACGGCGUCCACGGGCCCCAGAUUUCAGAGUGGAUCAUCGCCACGUACCUGGCCUUGAGCCACGAGAGCAUCGGCAUCCUGGGAUACGGUAGCAUCGGUCGGCAGACGGCCCGCGUGGCCAAGGCGCUCGCCUUUGAGGUUUAUGCGUACACGCUGCAUCCGCGCGAUACGCCCGAGUCGCGUCGCGACAACGGCUAUGCGCCUCCGGGCACGGGCGACCCCGAGGGCGUCUUCCCAACACGCUGGUUCUCGGGUGGAUCGCCCGAGGACCGGCAUGCGUUCCUGAGCUCCGGGCUGGAUCUGCUGGUGGUGGCCACGCCGCUCACCGCCGACACCACGCACCUACUGGGCGCCGAGGAGCUGCGGCUGCUGGGUCGCCGCCGUGCCGACGGAUCCUGGCGCCCCGGAUUCCUUAGCAACAUUGCGCGGGGACCUAUCGUCGACACGGACGCGCUCAUCACGGCGCUCGACACGGGUGUGCUGCGCGGCGCGGCCAUUGACGUCACCGAUCCCGAACCGCUGCCCGACGGCCACCCGCUCUGGAAGGCCAAGAACCUCAUCAUCACGCCUCAUGUCAGCGGCAUCUCUACGAGCUACAUGGACCGCGUGCUGGACAUCCUGUCCGGCAACCUGGACCGGUUCAGCGAGGGCCGGCCGCUGGCCAACAGCGUCAACCGCAGGGAAGGUUACUGA